AGAGCAAUUUAUGUGGACGGCUAACCUUUGUUGAGCGCUUAUCCUCCACGCGCGCUCUUCUUCGCGGGUCCGAGAUUACUGUUUGUUUAUUGCCCCAAACAAACAUGUUGCCGAGUUACACAGAAGGAAGAGCGCUGCAGCGCUUGCUAGGGAUCAUGUCAAAGUGAAAGAGCUCUAUGGGCGGCGAGAGAGAGUGUGUGUGUUUUCACCAGCAGGUUUUACUCAGUGCGCGCACGGAGGACGAGGGGCUCAUGGAUUAAUAUCCAACCGGAGCGUUCAAAAGGGCUCGCGUGCCUCCAUGAUAUACUCCAAGGAUUUCUACUUGACGAGAACAUGUGAAUUUCACGCAGCUGUCGCGGUCGGCCUGCCAACAAUCUCGCUUUCGAUGAUUUUAGUGACCCUCUUCCUCGCCCUCACCGCGGGAUUGUGGAAUAAACCGACCAGGCUAAAGUCAAUGAGAACUGGAAGAUGUGCUUGUAACCUUUGGUGCUUCGAGAAUCGCAUGGAAUGCCCUUUGAACUCAGAGGUUUGGAAUUCUAUCUUAAUUCUGAGCUGUCUAAGUGCUCUGUUGCCCGUGGCUGAAGGUCAUGCAAUGCAGGCUCUGCUAGACAUCCAGGGCGCACUCAAUCAUACCAAGCUUUUAUUCCAACGUUCUAAUGCCAGUUUGUAUACACCAAACACUGAGGAUAUUAACAUAUGCACAUAUAAGUUUUUUGACUGUUUUCUGAUGGAGAUGAACGUUCUCUUGCAUGACGAAGACCCAACAGAUGAGAACAAGCUCAAGCUCAUGUUAGAGAGAACUUUAGAAGAAUAUAACCAAAAAGUUUGGGCUGCUUUCACAGAAGUGCUCGGAGCGACAUCCCUGCGAAUUACAAGAACUUGCCCCCUCCAAUAAGUUCUGGGAGAAGAUGACAAACUUUCUUCAGAAGCAGCAGACUCUGUGCAGAAACACGUCUACCAAAACAUGCGACUAAAUCGUCCGUCGUUUCCCCCCGAAAGCAUGUACAAUAAGCUCGUGUAUCUAUUAUCACUUUAAAUUAUACUAGUCUUUUAUUUUUGUUAUUAAUAUUUAUAUCACCUCAGUCUGAAAGCGUCACUUUAUUAAUGCUGUAUAUGAUAUCUAUUUUUGUAACCGAGGGGUUUUGUGAAUGAUCGCUGAACUGUGAACUGUGUAAGUGUACAAAAAAUGUAAGGUGAAAAUUGUAAAAUAGGUUUUCUAUUCGAUGUAUUGUUACAUUAAAUCAUUUUUUAGUAACAGAA